GCUCCUCCGCGCGCUCGCCGACGCCGCCGGCGCGGACCUGUGGGAGCUCCAGCUCCAGCCCGGCACGGACGUCGGCGACCUCCUCGGCGGCUACGAGCAGGUCGACGGCGCCCGGCGCCGGCGCCGCGUCGACGCGCGGCGCCGCGACGGGAGCGGCGCCGGCGUCGUCGACGCGGCGCUCGCGCGCCUCGCCGUGAGCGAGCGGCGGCCGCGCGACGAGCCGCCGCGCUUCGAGUGGGUCGACGGGCCCGUGGUCCAGGCCGCGGCCAAGGGCGCCUGGCUCGUCCUCGACGACGCGAACCUCUGCCCGCCGUCCGUGCUCGACCGGCUCAACGCGCUCCUCGAGCCCGGCGGCGCGCUCGCGCUCGCCGAGGGCGGCGCCGUCGGCGGCGAGCACCGCGUCGUCGCGCCGGCGCCGGGCUUCCGCGUCUUCCUCACCGUGGACCCGUCCUUCGGCGGCGACGUGAGCCGGGCCAUGCGGAACCGCUGCGCGCAGGUCGUCGUCGGCGGCGCGCCGCCCGGCGGGUUCCGCGCGGCCGGCUUCGCGGCCGCGGACGCCGCGGCGGCGGCGCUGUCGCGGUCCGCGGCGCCGCGCCUCGCCUGGGCCGACGCGCUCGCCGGCCGCGCGGAGCCGCGGCCGUCCGUCGCGGCCGCCGCGGCGUCGGGCGCGUGGCGCGCGUGGCCGCCGCUCGCGGACGAGGCGUCCGCGCUCGGCGCGGACCUCGCGGCCUUCUGCGACCCGGCGCGCGUCGAGAGCGCGGCGCUCGCGGCCGCCGCGGCGCGCGCGGACGCGGCGAAGCGCGCCGACGGCGACUCGUUCCUCGACCGCGCGCGCCGCCACGCGCCCUCGCGGCCCGACGUCGCGCUGCCCGCCGUCGCGGCCGCGCGCGUCGCCGCGCUCGGCGUGGCGCUCCUGCGGGCGCCGCCGCCGGCGCCGGACCUCGCCUGGGCCUACCCCUUUGGGGCGCCGGCGCCCGCGGGCGCGUCGCUCUUCGCGCUGCGCCGCGCGGAGCUCGACGUCGCCGUCGGCGGCGGCCUGGGGCCGUUCCUCGCCGCGCUGCGGCCCCUCCUCGCCGCGUGGCGCGCCGACGACGCCGACGCGGGCGACGACGACGACGGCGACCGCCUCGACAGCGGCUUCCUGCGGCGGGGCGGCGACGGCGGCGAGCCCGAGGCGCCCGCGGCCGUCGACGAGGCCGGCGGCGCGGCCGCGGCGCGGCCGCGGCCGGACGCGCUCGCGGUCCUCUGCGGCGCCUUCUGCCGCGCCGUCGGCGGGCCCUACGACGCGGCGACGGUCGCGCGC